UCCUCAAUCUCAGUGUGAGCGUCUUCAGUCUCUGGAGACGGUGCGUAGAGGAGUAGAGUAGCUACCUGGGAUGGGGACGUGCCUUCUAUUCCCUGGAGUUUUCAGGAUCCAAACGGCAAAACUGAAUCUAAUGCUGUACUUGUGGGGAUUUUGUUGUCCUUUCUCACAUUAAAUUAGUCUCGGCAACAAUAUUAUUUUUUUACAAGGCGAUUAGGUAGGGUUUCUGUGGGAUUGAUUGAAACUGACCAUGUAGACCACUCAGCGAAGGAGUAAUCCUAUUUUCAAAGCCAAUCCGACUUGGGGGCUUUGACAUUUAAACUUGUCCUGCGUGGCCUCAGAGGAGUUUGGCACUUUUGAUUUUUGCUCGCCUGCCUACCUUCCUGCCGGAUUACAGAAAUGUCUGAAGAGUCGACAUUGACUGACUCAACGGAAGUUGAGGGAGAGUCCAAAUUGGAAGCGGUCAUACAGAAGCUGGAAGAGAGUGUCCUCUCGGAGGAGAAGCGAUUGACCCUUCAGGGCCCAUCUGACGAGCCCCCGACCUGUCUACCUGUACGCGUACGGGAGAUCGUCACCAAGAACCUAGGCACAGACACCUCGCCGGGAGCGAUGUCCUCACUGAUGUCGCUGCAAGAGGAGAACCGUGUGCUGCAGGGGGAGCUGGGAAGGCUGGAGGACCUCCUGGCACACAGCAGGGCCGACCGAGACGAACUGGCCAUCAAAUACAGCGCCAUCAGUGAACGGCUGGAGCAGGCUCUGCGUCUGGAGACGGGUGAUGGUGGUCAUGACUCCCUGGAGUCGCGCAGCCUGGCGCAGCAGAAUGUGGACCUGCGCAGACGGCUGGAGGAGGAGCAGGCCGCGUACAAACGCAAACUCACCGCCUACCAGGAGGGGCAGCAGAGACAAGCUCAGCUAGUGCAGAAACUACAGGCCAAGGUGCUACAGUACAAGAAGAGAUGUGGAGAGGUGGAGCAGAUCCUUCAGGAGAAGACGUCAGAGCUGGAGCAGCAUAAACUCAACGGCUCGGCCGGCAGCCAUCGUCGGGAUGAUGAGGAGCAGUGCGGUGACUUGGAGAGCACCCUCAUCAGGCUGGAGGAGGAACAGCAGAGGAGCAGCAGCCUGUCGGCGGUGAACUCCAUGUUGAGGGAACAGCUGGAGCAGGCCAGCCUGGCCAAUGAAGCGCUCAGCCAGGACAUACGCAGGCUCACUGUUGAUUGGACCAAAGCCAGAGAGGAGCUGGAGCAGAGGGAGUCUGAUUGGAGGAAAGAGGAAGAGUCUUUCCACAGCUACUACAGCAGUGAGCACAGUCGUCUGCUGCAGUUGUGGAGGCAGGUGGUUGGCUUUCGCAGACACGUCUACGAGCUGAAGAGUGCCACAGAAAGGGACCUGUCAGACAUGCGUAACGAGCUGGCGUGGGCGUCCCACACGGCCCAGUCUUCGUGCGCUGGGCUGACUUCCUCGCUGCAGAGCCGGGAGGACGGCCUGGCAGGGGCUCUGGAGCGAGAGGCCGCCCAGAGGGCACACCUGGAACUGCAGCUCAGAGAGCAGGUCAACGACAUGAUGACACUGCAGGCACGCAGCGACGCAGAGAGGGUCGAGCUCAACGCCAGGCUGGUGGAGGCGGUGAGGGAGGGGGAGAGACUGAAGGUUCAACACGAGGAUAAGGAGCACCAGAUCUGCUCUCUGACCAGGAGACUCGAGGAGCAGAGUGGUCUGGAUGAGUCGGAGAUGCACUCCUUGAGAUCUCAGACUGAGACAAUGAUGGAUGCACUAAGGGACAUUACUCAGACGAUGCUGUCGGAGGUGGACUCUGGGAUGUUGAGUGAGGGGGGUCAGGAGGGGGAGGUGGUCAGCUCGUCUCUGAUGCCGCUGCUCAGGGCCCCGUCCCCUCAGAGGGCCACGUCUCCACGGCGACCCUCCCCCACGUCCCUGCCCGACGCCAGCCUCACGGCCCUGCGCUCACUCGUCAACAGCAGACAACUGCAGCUGCAGGAGACCCGCAGCCGGUUGCAGGCCACGCAGCAGUCCGUGCAGCAGCUCCGGAAACAGCUGACGGAGGCGGAGUCUACGCGGAGAGAGGCGGAGCAACGCAUGAAGGCCCUGCAGUCGGAGAGAGACGACGCCCAGCGCGAGAGAGACGCCGCACAGAGAGAGAGGGAACGCAUGAAGCAGGAGAGGAGUUCACUUAUCAGUGAUAAAGAUGCGGUUGAGAAGGAGCUUCAGGCGACCCAGACCAAGACACAGCUGCUGCAGCUGGAGGCGGAGAAGCUGGGGAUGGCACUAAGCUCCGCCCAGCGGGAGGCGGAGCAUGAGAGGGAGGAGAAGGAAGCAGUGGUGCAGGAGCGGGAGAGAGCCAGGGCAGAGGUGGACAGGAUGCAGCGUCAGUGGGAGCAGAGUGAGAAUCGAGCGUCAGGUCACCGCAUGGAGCUCAGCUCCACCAGGGAGUCCCAUCAGCAGGGCCUGGUGGAGAAGCAGCUACUGGAGGGGGAGAGGAGCCAGCUCACACAGGCACUCACUAAGGCUGAGUCGUCCAAUGCUGAGCUGACUCUGCUGGUGAAUAAGCUUCGCUCUGAGGAGGCGGGCCUUAGAGACUCACUGGCCAAGAUGAGCAGCCUCAACGAGGGCCUGGCACAGGACAAACAGGAACUCAACACCAUCAUCAACCAGCUGGAGGAGGAGAAGAGCCACUUGCUGACCCAGAGGAGGGAGGCGGAGCAGGAGAAACUGACCAUCCGUGACGAGCUGGUGCGCCUAGAGCAGGGCCGAUUGGAGCUCGACACCGCCCGUCUCUCUCUCAGCCAAUCACUGCAGGAGGUGGAGCUGGCCAGGGUUCCGUUGGAGGCGGAGCUGCAGACUCUCAGGGCUGAGAAGACCAAACUGCAGGAGAAAGUCAUACAGUUGUGUGCGGAGGUGAGCACCCUUGAGUCUGCGUUGAGUAUGGCGCGUGGCGAGGGCGAGAGACAGGGCGUGGCUCUGGAGGAGGCUGGGCGGAGCCGGGCGGAGCUGGCUAAGGAGAGGGCGGGGCUAGUCGUCCAGCUGACGGCGUCCGAGAGAGAGAAUGCAUCACUGACAGAGGAACUGGCUGCAUCCAGGUCUGAGAAGGAGAGUCUGGAGACUAGUCUGUUUGAUGUUCAGCAGCAGUUUCUGCAGCUGGAGAAUCGUAAGGAACAGCUAGAGGCCGAAAACCAGAACUUCAAACUGAGGCACGAGAACACUACAGCGGAACUGAAGCGUUUGAGAGCGGAUAAGGACAGCGCUCUGUCCCAGUGUGAGCACGAGAGAGACUCCCUGAAGCAGAGUCUGACAUCAGCGCAGCAGGAGCAUCAGCAGGCGCUGCGCAACGCCCUGGCCAACCACCAGAAGGAGCUAGAGCGACUCGCCACGGAGAAGGAGUCGCUGUUUCGCUCUCGGGAGGAGGAGCUGGACGCUGCGUUAAGGCAGACGAGGCAGGAGUGGGAGGAGCAAACGCGGCGCGCGGCACGAGAGAGGGAGGAGUUUCAGGAGGAAGUGCGGUCACUGCAGCGCGAGCGCGACCAGAGCCUCUUGCACGCCGAGACAGAGAAGCAACAGGCCCUCUCUCUGAAGGAGACGGAGAAGGCGCUACUGUCUGAGCGUGUGACAUCACUGCAGACGGAUCUGAGCUCGGCCAAUCAGGAGAUAGAGAGAGUCACCAGAGAGGCGGCUCUCGCCAAGGAACAGGAGAGGGCCACCGUAGCGAGCAUGAGCAGUGAGCUGGACGAUGUGCGGUCUCGCCUGGAGGAGGCCAAGAGUUCUCACGAGAGGGAGCUGCGCAGACUACAGGACAACUGCGCAGACCGGCUCACCUGCGCAGACACCGCACUCAAGGAGUUGGAGGAGUGUCGUGCGUCGUUGUCUGCGUGUGAGGAGAGUCGUGAUGUGCUGCGUAAAGACCUCCUGGAGUCCGAGCGCCGUCUGAAUGUGGCUCGAGACGCUGGGGAGGGGCAUAGGCGUGACAGCGUGGAACUCAGGCGCUCAUUGACUGACGUCACACGAGAGAGGGACACCCUCAGCCAAUCAAACGCCCAGCUCAGAGAGGCCCUGCGUUCCACUGAGGGAGAGAGGAUCAGUGCCAAGCGUCAGUGUGAGGAGAGGGAGCAGCGCAUGGCUGUGCUGGAGGAGAGCUUGACGUCUGCACAGAAGGAAGUGGCUGAGCUGCGCAGCUGUCUGCGGGAGGUCGAGAGGUCACGCCUGGAGGCCCGACGAGAACUGCAGGAGCUACGCAGACAGGUGAAGGUGCUGGACGGCCAGAAGGAGCAGAGGAGCAGGGAGGUGGCGGAGCUGCACAUGCGCCUCUCCCAGGAGGAGCAGAGGGAGGAGGAGAGGAGCCGGGACGUCUUCACCAUCAAGCAGAAGCUGGCCGAGGCAGAGAGCGCACGCACCUCCAUGAAGAAGGAGUUGGCGGCGCUGCAGCGUCGGUGGGCUGAGCAGGAGAGUGGGUGGCGGGGGUGCGAGCAAGAGCUGUCUGCGCAGCUGCAGGAGGCCCGUGGCAGCGAGAAGAAGGCUGCAGACGAGGCGAGGAACCUCUCGCUACGAGCGCAGUCGGCCAACGAGGCGCAUGCGCAGACCCAGCUGCAGCUUAGCGAAGCACAGGGUCGUCUGGCAGCGACGGAGGCGGAGCUAGCUCGUGCGGAGGCGGGGAGAAGGGAGCUGGAGUUCCGCAUGAGCAGUCUGCAGUCGGCAUUGACACGUACGCUGGGCAUCGGAUCCAGCGGAGGUCGUUCCAGCAGUAGGGGCCGUAGCCCUGCGGGGUGCAGCAGUGCAGGCGUGUCACCAGGAGUCUCACCUGGCACCAGCAUGAACCUCUUCAGGAACCGCAGCUCCUCUCCUCUCAGAGGCUCCAUGUCGCCACCUAAAGAGUCGACCCGUGAGUUGACCCCAGACAACAGUGUGUGUUCGCGGCCGCUGUCCCCUGAGAGAGGUGACACCCCCCUGCCCAUCGCCCCCCCGGACCUCGACCCCGACGCCCUGCGAUCCGGACUCCGAGAGUUCAUACAGGAGCUCCGUGAAGCACAGAGAGACAGGGACGAGGCUCGUGGUCAGCUGGGUGUGAUCCAGAGAGAGCUGGAGGAGGUCAGUGCUGAGAGAGACUCCGCACAGAGUCGCCUCACACAGCUGCACACCUCACUACAGGAGAGCCAAGAAGGUAAGCGUGACAUGGAUGGCAAGCUGAGCUCCACUCAGGCGUUGCUUCAACAGCAAGAGGAGGCGGUGAGGAGAGGGGAGCGAGAGAGACGCACCCUCACUGAACGCAUCAGGGAACUGGAGAGAAAUAUACACAAUGCAGACACAGAGAGGAAACACACACAGGACCAGCUGAGUAAGCUGCGUGCGGGGGAGGCGCGUCUGGAGGCCGAGCGCCGGCGUCUCAGGGAGGCCCUGGAGGCAGCGGAGACACGGGCCACUCGCCUGGAGCUGGGGAGGCGCAGCCUGGAGGGGGAGGUGCAGCGCAUGAGGCUCAGCGCCGCCGAGAAGGAGGCCGAGACCUUGGCCACACAGGAGAGACACGAUGGGCUAGUUAAACAGGUAGCGGAGUCGGAGGCGCGCGUCUCCUCUCUGCAGCGUGAGGUGGAGCGUCUGUCCCAGCUGCUGUCCCGGGCCCAGGAGGGGGAGAGCAGCCAGAAGGAGCGCGUCCAGAGUCUGGCCCACAGCCUGCAGGAGGCCACCACCGCACACAGCGCCACCCAGGGGAGACUCACCGCACUGCAGAAGAGCCUGGGACUGGCAGAGACCGAGCGCAGGCAACUACAGGAGCGUAUGGAUACGGCGCGUUCGUCUCUGUCGGACAGCAAGAGGAAUGUGGCGGCCCUCACUGAGCGUGUACAAUGCCUUCAGUCGGAGCUCAGCCAAUCAGAACUGAGACGCACAGAACUAGAGACAGAACUCUCCAACACGCAAGAGGCUCUGCGCCUGCGUCUGGCCAGCCUAUCUGAGGCGCAGCGUAGUGCCCAGUCGGCCCAGAAUGAGCGUAGCGGCCUGGAGGAGAGACUCCGCAGCCUGCAGAGGGCGCUGGCGGUGCUGGAGACGGAGAAGAGGGACGCCGAGAGGCAGGCGGUCCGACUGGAGAAGGACAGGAACGCGCUGAGGAACACACUAGACAAGGUGGAGCGUGAGAAGCUGAAGUCGGAGGAGGGCAGCAUGCGCCUGUGUGCGGAGAAGGGCCGUCUGGAUCGCUCCCUAAACACGGCAGAGCAGGAGCUGCAGGAGGCACAGAGGCAGAUCACACUACUGCAGGCCCAGGUGAAUGAGCUGGAGCAGAGACCUGGCCCAGGCGAUGCCUUCGUGCGGCAGAAAGAGGAAGCCCAGAGGGAAGCGGAGAGACUCAGGCAGGCCAACAGGGAUGCGGAGAGGACACUGGCAUCCAGAGAGAGAGCACACCGCCAACGCAUUAAAGGACUGGAGGAACAGGUGUCCACCUUGAAGGAGCAGCUGCAGUAUGAGAUACGCAGGAGGCAUUCAUCCUUCACGCCCUCAACUGGCACCAGCUGAGGAGGAGGAUGAGGAGAGGGGGAGGAGGAUGAGGAUGAGGAGAGGAGAGGAGGAGCAGAGUAGGAGGAGAGGAACUGAGAGGCAUUCCUUCACCUGGGACCAACUGAGCUAGGGGAGAGGAGAGAAGAGGAGGAGGAGAGAGGAGAGGGGAAGAGAGAAGGAGAGGAGAGGAGAGAGGAGAGCGGCGCGCCGUCUUGAAGGACACUGAGAGGCAAGACUGGCACGUGUGUGUACUAGACCAGCACAGAGAGGGACACUGCAGCACUAUACCAGAGAUUCUUUAAGUAUCUCUCUACUCUCUCUGACUAUACUGUACUCAAAGGAUUUACCCAGACGUGAUGAUUCCUACUUCAGAUAGUUAAAAACGUCUGUGCACCAUACCAGCAGAAUGAAACUAUUUGAUACUCAGGUAUUUCUGGAAAAAGCUAGUUGAAUAAUUGAGUUAUACCUUUCUCCUAUACUUCCGGACGUUCUUUAAGUCUGGCAUUGCAGAAUUUUAAGUUAGCACAGAUAAUUGAAUCGCCCAUUCCCAUACGAUUCAAUGAGAACUGUUGGCCUGGAAUCAAAGCUAAUAUCACCAGACUCAAGACAGUGCCUUCAUUGAUUAGCUCACCUACCUAUAUUCAGACACAUGGAACAAAUGAUGCAAAAUGCUAUAAAAUCCAUUAAAUACAAUUUUCAUAAAUAUUUGUUGGAUUUUAAGGUAGCAUCUGGAGAAUUAGAACUGGAUUAAUGAUAUGUCAUAUUUCAUAUAUCAUAUCUGAUAAGAGAUUCAAACAUUAACACACUGAUUUUAACUAUCAUAGAAAAAGCCAAUAAAACACUUAAUUUGUUAAUAUUUUUUGAAAAUGUCUGCAUAGCAGUUUGGAAGAGAGUUUUUCAAGCAUGUGGUAAGACUUUUUAGGUGCUCCAAGUGAAGGCCAGUUGCUUACAGCUAAUGUCCCUUGACUUCCAUGAACUGGAUAAAUACGAAUCUCCAUUGACAUCCUGCCAUAUACGUAUGUGUCAUCCAAUCUCUUUCUGAACAGGCUGAUUUGUUUGAAUACAUGCAAUGAGAAUCAGACAUGUACAGUAGAUGAGCUAAUUGGUGAAAUAACUGUGAUGCAGUGAAUGCUCAGGCAUAAGGAAGUGGAGAAGACGCGCUCACACUAUCGCCUAAAUAGGCUACUUAACAAUUCUUAACUGGGUGCUGAAUCCCACAAAAACUUGAAUGAAUAAAUGAAGCGAAGGACAGCACUUCAGAUUUCUUCUUUGUUUAUUCACCCACGUGGGCGAAUAAACAAAGAAGAAAUCUGAAGAGUGCUGUCCUUCGCUUCAUUUAUUCAGGCAUAAGGAAGACCAUCCAGGACUUUUUGCUUUCUGAAUCUGGAAUCAUCACCUCUGUUCCACUCUUAUUUUGUAUGACCAAAACUGAUAGUAAAUGAGGUGAAAACAUUUUACACUUGUGUAUGGAGCCAAGCAGAACAAUGAUACUGGGUGCUGAAUAACGAUAAUGUUGUUUGAAAACUUGAAUUUCAGGUAGCUAUAGACUAGCAUACUCCACUAACUGAACUGUAAUGUGUGCAAGAAGGGACCACUUGAUAGUUGUACUGUACAUUAUUUGUCUUGUGUGUUGCAAUACCGAGUGCUUUUACAAGGGAAUUGGUGUCCUGUCUAGGCCCUCUGGCAACAUUUAUCUGAGUCUGAAUCUUGACAGUUGGCUGCACAAAAUAUGCACGUUUUGAUGAUGGCAUAAAAAAAAAAAACACGAUGCAAUUGGAAUACUAGUUUUAAAAUAUAUAAACAUGGAUAAUAAUAUACAGGGCCCUCAUGUACAAAGACUUCCUACUGAAUCUUUGCGUAAGUAAAAAUCUGGAAGAAAAAAAUGCAUUUGCGCCUGAAAAUCUUAAAUCUCUCAGUCCAUGCAUAAACAGGCAUUCCUGCUGAUUCAUGUUGUAUGUCUGAUUUCACAUGAAAUUUUGUACAUGUACUUUUUCAUGAUAAAUCAGUAUUAGAACAUCUGAAAAUGUUCGUGGAAAGUUACUAACGGAGCUUUUCUGUGCUUAAGUAAGUUUUGCACAUGAGGCCCCAGGGCUUAAUGUAAACACCUUAACCCACAGAAGAUCAAAGCCAGGAUGAGCCUCAGCUUUGGGACACUUAAUCUCCUGUAAACGCUCAGUGUCAAACCAUGCCACUAUCACAGCGCAUAUUAGCUAUAAUGUAUAGCAUUCUGCACUAACACUCACUAAUAUAUUACUUUUUUCAUGUUUACACCUCGUCCAAAUACUAACGAUUGUAUUUACGCUAACAUCAAAUUACAUUCCAGCAGAGAUUUUAAAGGGACUGUUUAUGGAGUAAAGGACGAAAUGACCAAAUAAAUGUUAUGAUUUUUUUUUUUUACAUGUGUCUGCUUCUGUUUGUACUACUGAACCUACACGCUUACACUAGAGCACGUUCCACACGUUAAAAGUAGUUCCACAUUUUCAUGACCUUUUCUCUAGACGUUUCUUAGCUAGGACUACACCAAAGGCAACUGAGACGCCACACACAGUUGUGGAAAAAAACAAGUAACAUUUAUAUUUUUAUGAAGCAGUAGUACAAGAAACAGCAUGUUCGCUGCAUUCCCCAAGCACAACUUAGUCUUCUCUCUGUGUAUUACACAACUUCUAGUCUCUCUCCAUUCUUCAAGUCUGAUGUUGUGAGCUAGUGGUAGUGGAGGUUGGGAUGGGAGACAAACAGGAAUAUGAGGAAGUUUUGCUGAUCGAUGGCUGAUUAGUGCUUGGUCAGAAUGCUUUGCCGGUGCCUCAUUGGCUGAGGUCUGUGCACAGUGGCCUUUGAUAGGCCGGGUGAUGGUCACUACUGGCACUCUGCUUUCCACCACAAAUACAG